UGUCACGUUGUUUAUCCACUUGAAAAUCUUUAGAAGAGCCGAAAAAUUGAGAAUGGGAAGAGUUCUUCUGGAAGUUUGCGUGGACAGCGUCGAGUCGGUUCGAGAGGCGGCCAAAGGAGGCGCCGGCAGAAUUGAAUUGUGUUCAGCUCUGAGCGAAGGCGGUUUGACGCCCACAGUUGGACUCUUGCGGACUGUGAAGCAGAUUAUUGAGCCGAAGAUUCCCGUCUUCGCGAUGCUGCGUCCGCGGAGGGGUAACGACUUCUGCUUCAGCGACGAUGAGAUGGCAGUGAUGCUGCUGGACUUGGAAGUCCUGAAAGAGGCUGGCGCUGAUGGAUUUGUCUUCGGCGCUCUCACUGAGCGUGGAGAGAUUGACAUUCCCAACUGCCGGAGGAUCAUUCAGGCCGCCGGGAGUCUUCCAGUCACAUUCCACCGGGCAUUUGAUGUCACAGAAGAGGCGAAGAGUGCGGAAACUUGCGCGCAAAUUGCCGAUCUUGGCUUUUGUAGGCUUUUGACCAGUGGCUUCCGGACAUCUGCUGAAGAGGGAAUGCAGAGGAUCAAGUUGCUCAAUGAGAAAUUCCGGCAAAGACUGGUGAUCAUGCCGGGAGCUGGAGUGACUGAUAAGAAUGCAAAGAAGAUAAUCGACGAGACUGAUUGUCAGGAAAUUCACGCUUCUGCGCGACUUCCCAAGAGCCAAGAAACAUCUGAAAUCCCCAUGGGAAGCGCCUCCAGUCUGGAGCCUCUCUUGGUCACGAGCAGCAGCGUCGUGGAGCGAAUAGUGAAAAACUUACAAAUGUGAUUCGUAGAUAUAUUUUUUUCAUUUCUCUUGGAUAAAAUUGUUAAAUGUGUCAUUACAAAAUUUGUUAAAUUACUUCCACAAAAAUUGAUAAAUUACUUGCAUAUUUUAACUUCUCCACUUUUAUGUAGGUAUUUUUUACAAUUCUCAAUUUUUUCUUCGUUUUACUCUCCGCAUAACAGAUUAAUAUUUUGUAUCUUUUUCCUUUCUUUCUCAUUCAAACUCAGGGGCUCAAAAUAGGGUACAAAAAAUUAAGUUCCAUUCCUUGAAGCAUUCUCAAUCUCUGAACUUUUCUAUAUCUUGAUUUCAUUACAUUUAUAUAUUCUGUA